CAGCAACACCAACUACAGGACGACGCUAGCACGUGCUACAGUCAAGAGUGAAGCAGAGGACACCUACCUUGGACGCAGAAAACUUCAGCUGAUUUUCCAUAACCAUGGCAAAGGUCUAUAAGAAGACAAGUGGCAAUGGUUCGCUUUGCCUCUAUUUGGGCAAGAGAGACUUUGUGGACCAUGUGGAGAGUGUUGAUGUUGUUGAUGGGGUGCUCAAGAUUGAUCCUUCAGGUCUUAAUGGAAGGAAAGUUUGGGUACAGCUUGCAUGUGCUUUCCGCUAUGGCAAAGAGGAUUUGGAUGUGAUAGGAGUUUCCUUCAGGAAGGACAUCUGGGUAAAGCGCAUUCAGCUGUAUCCACCUGCAGCAAGCAAUCCUCCCAGCACACCGAUGCAGGAUGCACUUCUGAAGAAAGCUGGGGAUCAAGGGCACCCCUUUACUUUUCAGAUCCCCAUAAACCUUCCGUGCUCAGUGUCCCUUCAACCAGCACCAGAAGAUGCCGGCAAGGCUUGUGGGGUUGACUAUGAAGUGAAAGCAUAUAUUGCCAAUGAGGCAGACAGCCUAGAUGAGAAAGUUGAUAAGAAAGACACUUGUCGUUUGAUCAUCCGUAAAAUCCAAUAUGCACCAGAUAAACAGGCAGCUGGACCCAAGGCUGAUAUCAACAAACAAUUUAUAAAUGCAGACAAACCAAUGCACCUGGAAGCCUCAAUGGAGAAGGAGCUCUACUACCAUGGCGAUCCAAUUUCUGUCAAAGUGAAAGUGAACAAUGAGACCAGUAAAGUAGUAAAGAAAGUCAAAAUCACGAUUGACCAAAUUACAGAUGUUGUGCUAUACUCAGCGGACAAAUACAACAAAUGUGUCCUGAAUGAAGAAUUUGGGGACCAAAUUGAUGCUAACUCCACCUUUGAGAAGGAAUAUAGUCUCACUCCUCUGCUGGCCAAUAACAAAGAGAAACUUGGUCUCGCACUGGACGGCAGACUAAAGGAUGAAGACACCAACUUGGCUUCUUCAACAAUUGUGCGGCCUGACAUGAAUAAGGACAUGCAAGGCAUUAUGGUUUCCUACAAAAUUAAGGUUUCCCUCGUGAUGGGAGGUGGUCUAUUGGGAAGUCUCACAUCAAGUGAUGUUGUUGCUGAGCUCCCUUUGGUUCUAAUGUCACCGAAGCCCGCAGAUGUGUAAGUAUUGAAGUAAACUUGUUUUCUCAUGUUCAGAAAGACUGUUGUCCUUCUAUGCACUUUCUUUUAUAAAUCUUGGACUUGACCAUUAAGUUCUUCAAUAAACAAUCACUACACACUGGAGUAUAG